CGGAAGUGGGACAGAGCGGCGCUAAAGGAGCGGGAAGCGGCGCUCUGCCAGCGGGGUGGGGGAGCUCUAUGGUGCUGGAGGUGUCCCCAGCUGAGCUCAGUGUGCCCCGGGGUGCAGGUGGGCGCCAUGGUGUGAGCGCAGCCUGGAGCCCGAUGCCCCGUGGGGCCACGUCUGCCCCCAUGGCGCUGCAGGGUUCCCCCAUGGCGCUGCGGGACUCCCCCUCGCUGUGCCCGGCGCUGUGGCGGUGGCUGCGCUGCCCUCCGGCCGAGCUGCGCCUGGACCUGGUGCUGGCAUCGGGGCAGGCGUUCCGAUGGAGGGAGAGCAGCCCUGGAGCAUGGACGGGAGUGCUGGGUGAGCGCGUGUGGACGCUGCGGCAGGAGCGGGACCGGCUGUGGUACACGGUGUAUGGGGACGAGGCGCCCGGCCCCGAGACCGACCGCAUCCUGCGGGACUACUUCCAGCUGGAUGUGGGGCUGGCCGCCCUGUACCAAACAUGGGGGGCGGCCGACCCCCUGUUCUGCCGGACAGCAGCCGCCUUCCCAGGGGUGCGUGUGCUGCGGCAGGACCCCGUGGAGUGUCUGCUGUCCUUCAUCUGCACCUCCAACAACCACGUGUCCCGUAUCACCGCCAUGAUCGAGCGCCUGUGCCAGGCCUUUGGCCCACAGCUCUGCCUGCUGGACCAGCAGCCCUUCCACGCCUUCCCCUCCCUGGCAGCACUUGCAGGCUCUGAAGCGGAGGCCAAGCUGAGGGCGCUGGGCUUUGGCUAUCGUGCCCGCUUUGUCAGCGGCACAGCACGCGCCAUCAGCGAGGGAAUGGGCGCCACGGGGCUGUGCCGGCUGCGGGACGUGCCCUACGCUGAGGCCAGGAGGGAGCUGUGUGCCCUGCCGGGAGUGGGGGCCAAGGUUGCUGACUGCGUGUGCCUGAUGGCCCUGGACAAGGCGGAGGCGGUGCCGGUGGACACCCACGUGUGGCACAUUGCCCGGCAGCGCUAUGGGGCAGCAUUGGGUGCCCGCUCCCUGACCGCCCGUGUGCACCAGGAGAUCGGUGACUUCUUCCGUGAACUGUGGGGUCCCUAUGCAGGCUGGGCACAGGCGGUCCUCUUCUGUGCUGACCUCCGCAAGGGCCGGGCCAGUGGGAGCCGGGCCAGGAGGGGCCGCAGCCAGGCGAGCCGUGGGGCCGGGUGCUCCUAGGGAGGAGAGGGCACAGGGGGAACUGAGAGCAGAGUUUGUCUGUCUCCACCCACUGCAUGCCGGCCCCUGGGACACGAGCCAAGCCAGGCAGUGUUUGUCUAUUUCCUUUAUUACAAGGAAUAAAAUAGAAACGUCCAUUUGGAAAA